CUGCCCCUGGAAAAAGCCCCCUCGCCAUUGCGGGCUCCGAGCAGCGCCGAGCACAGCAGUGGCCAGGCGGCUUGGCAGGAGCCGGUCAGGUCAAGCUUGCAGGGAGAGGCUGCCUGGCUGCAGGUUGCCCCCGCCCCGCUUUCCCGGAGAGUUGAGCCUAACCUGGCGGCUCGGAAGUGCUGGAAAGUUGCAGGGCCCCUGCCCCGCAGGCGGGCUCGGAGCCUUCCCGAUCUCCUCGGACCCGCCCCGCUCCGCCCAGCGCCUAGCGCUCGCCCCGAGUCCGGAGCCGCCCCGAGCUCCAGGGCCCGGCCCAGCGGCUGAGCCGGUGUGAUCCCGGCGGCGCUGGGGGAAGGAGCCGGGGCUGGCAGCGGCAGGGGAAUCAGCGCAGCCGGCAGCGCCUCCCCCUGCUCCCGGGGCGCUGCCAGCCCGGGUGACACAGCCAGACACACACCGCCACCUUCCUGCCUCCCGGAGAGCCUGACACCGUCUGGCGCUGCAGCUCCUGCUUGGAGCCAGCCUCUCCCUCCCCGCUCCCUCCUCCUCCCCCGCCCCGCGCAGCGCCCAGCCCGGGACUCGCCGCUCUCUGUCUCCGCCCCGGCUCGGCGCAGCCCCGGCUCCAGCCGUGCCCCGCGCAGGGGAAGCAGCCCGCGGGUCGCGCUCCGCCCGCCGCGGGGGUGCCAGCCCCUCUGUCCCGCGCCUCGCCGCCAGGCGGGACUUUUGAGCGAUGAGACGGCCGAGUCGCCGGCUGGCUUUGUCUCUCUUGGGGAUCCUGGGGAUCGCCGCUCUCCUCUUCUUCUUGGGGGCGAGGAGGAGGCUGGAGGUGGCAGGACCCGAAGGGCAGACGCCAAAGGGCUCAGAUGUCGACUGGGAUGACCUCUGGGAUCAGUUCGAAGAGAGAAGGUACCUGAGUGCCCGGAAAUGGAAGGGCGGAGAGGACCCAUACCGCCUCUACGCCUUUAACCAGCGGGAGAGCGAGAGGAUUCCCAGUGACCGUGCCAUCCGCGACACCCGGCAUUACAGAUGUACUACUUUGCACUAUCGUCUGGAUCUGCCAUCAACAAGUAUCAUCAUCACCUUCCACAACGAAGCCAGGUCCACUCUGUUAAGAACUAUCAGAAGUGUUUUAAACCGCACCCCUGUGUACCUGGUCCAUGAAAUCAUAUUAGUGGAUGACUUCAGCGAUGAUCCUGACGACUGCCAUUUACUGGGCAAGUUACCCAAGGUGAAAUGCUUGCGCAACAGGCAACGAGAAGGUUUGAUCCGGUCCCGAAUCCGAGGGGCAGACGUGGCACAGGCAGGAGUUCUGACCUUCCUAGACAGUCACUGCGAGGUGAAUAAAGACUGGCUGCUGCCUCUCCUGCAGAGGAUCAAAGAGGAUCCAACCCGCGUGGUCAGUCCAGUUAUCGACAUCAUCAACUUGGACACUUUUGCCUAUGUGGCCGCUUCCUCGGACCUGAGAGGAGGGUUUGACUGGAGUCUACAUUUCAAAUGGGAGCAGCUUUCCCCAGAGCAGAAAGCCAAACGAAUUGACCCUACAGAACCCAUUAAGACUCCAAUCAUUGCAGGGGGGCUCUUUGUGAUCGACAAAACCUGGUUCAACCACCUGGGGAAGUACGACACUGCCAUGGACAUCUGGGGUGGGGAGAACUUUGAAAUCUCCUUCCGUGUGUGGAUGUGCGGAGGGAGCCUGGAAAUUAUCCCCUGCAGCCGGGUUGGACACGUGUUCCGGAAGAAACACCCCUAUGUCUUUCCAGAGGGAAAUGCCAACACCUAUAUAAAAAAUACCAAGCGCACAGCCGAAGUGUGGAUGGAUGAGUUCAAACAAUACUACUAUGCUGCCCGGCCUGCAGCACAAGGGAGACCUUACGGAGACAUCCAGAGCAGACUGGAACUGAGGAAGAGCUUGAAAUGCCAGACCUUCAAGUGGUACCUGGAAAAUGUUUAUCCAGAACUUAGGAUUCCUGAGGAAUCAUUGUAUCAGUCUGGAAUGAUCCGGCAGAGACAGAGGUGUCUGGAGUCCCAGAAGUCUGAAGAUCAGGAGUUCCCCAUCCUGAGCUUAAAUCCCUGUAUCAGCAGCAAAGGUGUGGCAGCAGUGGCACAGGAAUGGGCAUACACAUACAACCAUCAGGUCCGCCAGCAGCAGCUCUGCUGGUCAGUGUACACCCUCUUCCCCGGCUCCCAAGUGCUGCUGUCCCCCUGCAAAGAAGGUGACGGCAAACAGCGAUGGGGUAAAGUUGGUUCUCAUAUUGAGCACAUGGCCUCGCGCCUCUGCCUGGACACUGAAAUGAUGGGGGACACCAACGAGAGCACCAGAGAGCUCGUCAUCAACCCUUGUGAGAGCACAGCCAUGAGUCAGCGCUGGGACAUGGUGAUGUCCUGACCGCCUGUCAUCGAGCAAAACCAGCCACAAGGGCUUCAUCGGAAGCAGCCAUGGCACACAGCAGAGGCUGUUGGGAACUCAACAGCAAAACCAUUGGGCGCCCUUGUUCAUUGUGAGGUGGGAGCCAGAGAAAAAAAGGGUUAGGCCGGGGAGCUCCAGGUUGAAGAAGGGAUGUCAGCUGUGAGACCUGCAGUUAGUGGCCAGUUGGGGUUAUAGAGUCAAUGAGUAAGAACCGCACACAACCAAUCCCUAAAUGUCUUUCAAUAACACUGAGUCCCGGCUGAGGCCUGAGGACGGCCCUACUGAAAUACGGUGUGUACAGUAUUUAUUGUUUUACUGCAAAGAUGGAAACUUUGGUGGAAGAGCCUUGGAGAGAAAGUGGAGACAAGUGUCUAGUUGGCUGCGUAGGUGGCGGGGAGGCUGGUGGGUGGGGAAAGGAGAUGCUAAAGGGAAACAAAAAUGGUUGCCUGGGGGAUGAGCGGAAAAUGCCAAGUAAUCCUUGCACUGUUCAUGGAUGUGAAUGAGCCUGUCUUCUGCAGGCAGCUAGAAUGACGCUAUAUUGCACGUUCUCCUUUGUAUAUAGUCUGUACACAUGGCGUACAGAGAGCCCAUGCUGUCAUCUGGUGCGUGUGACCAGAAUCAAGAUGACGGAGGGUUUGCACCGCUCUCCAGGCAUGGAACCCAGCAAACAAUGCCGUGGGGGCCAAACGUCUGAGUGCGCUAAAUCUACAAACUCUUCUGAUGACGUGAGGGGAGCAAUAACACUGUUACGUCUCCUGUCUGAAUGGCUCGGGCAAGCCAAGAUAAUUGAGUAUUCCUCAUUAACCUCAAUACAUGUCUCGUGUUUCACACCUGGCAUAACUCAAAUGUCCACACUAUGUCACCCAAGUAAUAUUUUACUAUUUGAAGAUAAUUGUGCCAUAUUUGCGUUUUCCAAUCUGCUUAAUACAAAAGCUGGUGCUAGCACAAGACCCUGGGCCCUGAGGGGAUGGGUCUUCCUUCUGCAUGGUACAGAUGAAGGUGGGGGUCACCCAGAGGACUGUUGUAGAGAGCAGAAGAGAGGAAAACCACCCCAAUGUAGUUGCUGCCUCCCAGAAUGUGAGUGGUUAAGGAAGGAUUUGGGAUUCCCCCAGCUGCAUCACUGAGCAGAAAGCCCCAACUCAGGAGAUCCCUGAGGGUUCUCUCUCCCCUGUGGUCAUUAGUGCUCCUGGACAUGAUAGAGGUAACGUGUUUAGGUUCCAGAAAGCAGGCAUUGGCCAGAUGUAAAAUGCCAAGAUAAUGGUUGUGUGGGGUGAAGGGAUUCAGUGGGAGAGGGAAGUGGAGACCCCAGGAUGCGAAGUUGAGGGGAAACGGUCCUUUCUGAGCUGGUCUUCAGGCUAGGUCCCAGCAUAGCAAAAGGGAAUGGUGGGGAGUAGGACUUUCCAACAGCAUGGGAAUCACCAAGACAUUCCACAUAGGGCCCCGCAUACAUGUCUUCUGAGAACAACGCUGGGUGGGAUUUUCAAAAGGGCCUAAGUGACUUGAAAGUCAGUGAGAUUUGUGCUCCUGAAUCAUGUAAGCUCCUACAAAAGUCCCAUCCUCUGUGCCGGUUUCAAACCUGUGACCUGGAGGUGAAGCACCCCCUUAUCCAGUUUACCUAGCCCACCUUCUUGGAUAUAGUGCUAGGGAUAGGCUUCCUCUACACUAGCUUCUCCCAUCAGUGCAUGGAGGGAGUCAUGCAUGUAAAUCACCUGGACAUCAAGCGCAGCACCAGCAUAGCUAUUGUUAUUUACAAACGGUCCCAGGCUAUAAAUGCUUUUCCAUCUGCUGCAGACUAGGUUACUAAUCAAAUAUGCCACCAUGGUGUGAACCUCAAGGACUUGAAUUGUGAAAGGGUUAAAGGAAGCCGUCAUUUCACAGCAGUGCAUUGCACCAUUUUCAUUGCUUAGCUUUCCGGUGGGAAACAGUACAAUUAAAAAUAGAACAGGGGAAAAAAGAAACCCCAAUUCGCAAAGCUGUCAAUGACCUUGCUGGUUACCUUAUUUAAUUGAGCCAGUGACUAUCAUAACUGCUUUUCCCACUGCAAAUGACAAGCAGGCUGUAAUAAUUUACCGUCUAAUAGUGAUGGGAGGGCCCAAGAGGUAAAGCAGCUCUCAAAUGCUUGGAUUUUACCUUGAGCAAACCUGUGUCGUGUUUGCACUGUGAUACCUUGAUGCUGCAUCAUUUCUGCUCCCUGCAAAAUAAGCAGGCAAAAUGCUGUCUUUGCCAUUUUUGUUAAGAACUCCUGCCGCUGCUCUCCACCGUUCUCCAGGCAUUCGAUUAACAACUUGACUUUGGGUCUAAAUCUGGAAUUCUCUGCUUUAGCAGGUUUGCUCCCACCCAGAACUGGGUGAAUAAACUAUUGUGCAAAUAACAAAUCAUUUCCCACCUUGGGUUCAAAACAUCCAUGUUGCUGAUGGCCAAAACCAGUGUUUUGGACAAUAAACCCUGUUUUUCACCUUAGCAGAAAAUCAAAGCGCUACCUCACUGCACAAGUGCACAGGUGUAUGUGUAUAUAUGUGUCUUCGUGUACAUGUGUCCAUUUAUGUGUCAGUACAUAUGUGUGCAUGCACCUGCAUUUGUGCAUAGAUGUGAAGUGUAUGUGCAUUUGUACGUACAUAGGUGUGCAUGUGCAUUUAUGUCUAGGUAUGUAAAUGUAUGUUAGAAGAAGCUCUUGGUUCAAAUUCACUUCACUUCCCUGAUAUGGUGAGGUAGAUCUGAAUACUAUUCCAGGGGUCUAACCCUCUGGGCCAAGUCAGGUUUGUAGAAGGCGCUAAUUGCAGUGCAGCUGCUGUGAGAUGGUUGGGGGCAGGAGACAGCGAGCAUAAAGAUAGGCUCUGCAGCCCCUGUGACCGUGGAGCUGUGCCACACAGGUGCUCCAUCAGGCACCCCUGAGAAGGCUUGGCACAGAUAAGUUGGACGUAGGUGUGGUGGGUGGCUGUGGAAUUGCAACAACACAUCAGCCAGCCCUCCACCCACCUAGUGCAGGCACAGCAGCUGCAAAGUAUGUUGCAGUGAUGAGGCAGCAGAAGCAACCACAGAGCAGCCUGGAAGGAUGAGUCCAUCCCCCGUGUCCACCAUGCAGCCCUUUAUCUGAAGCCUGUUUCGUGGCCCAGCGCGCGAGAUCAGCAACAUAUUUAGAGCAAUGUCAGCGCGACUCCCAUGACACUCAAUAUGAGCAGUCAUGCAGCUCUCCAGCACUUUGCGAAUGUUCUCUUUACUGCCCUCACGAAAAGCCUUGCUUUGGGUGUCAGGAGAAAAGCAAGCGUUGGUGAAAUCCAACUCAGCCCCACAGGUUUAAUUAUCUUGUUAAAAUAUUCUGGCUACAGAUUAACUUGCUUUUUUAAUGUUUGUUUUUUCCCCUUCAUAUUUAUUACGAUUCCACCUGCCAUAAACUGGGAGCUGGGAGACCGUUGACAAGGUGUCUAAAUAGGCUGUAAUAUUUAUACCUCUGUGCUCUCAGCAGCAAUGCUAUUUGGCAGCUUUUUACACUGAUCGAGGAAGAGAAGAUAAGGUUCUAAUCCUGGCUGGGCUUGUGACCUUUGGGUAAGUCACUUGUCCUUGUGCCUGAGUGGAAGCCGUCUGGAAAAUUGGAUCCAAAGCAGGAAACUCAGAGAAGGACACAGACUUCUGCUGCUUUUAAAAUGAGCUACCCUGGGUGAACAAGUUAUGUUAACAAUAUAAUUAUAAAAUAUAUUGAUGUCCUAAUGAGAGCUAAUCUGAAAGAUGGUGUGAAGUGCGGAACCAAACACUCCCCACCUCCCCAAGAUCGUCAUUUGGUUCCCCUGAUUUCAGGCCAUUUUGCCUUCACCUCCUGUCAGUAGCAUAGCAAUGGAGUUUAAGGUUAAGAGCAGUGGCUGAAACACCAAUUUUACUCAGUUGUUGGGGAAAAUAAAUGGAAAGUGAAUUUGUAACUCAGAAAUGAAGGGGCUACACAGGAACUCUGACUUGAAGAUUUAUGAUUAUCCAGUCAUGGAAAAGACCUAACAUGGAGUGGGCAUGUGGUCCAGAGGAAAUGUGCUGAGUUCUCAUCCUGCUUCUUCCACUAGUUGCAGUAGUGGUUUCAGUGCGGACUCAGUUCCCCCAUCUGUAAAAUAGGAAUAAUACAUACCUAUCUCACACAGGUUUUGCGAGACUUAGUUAAUGAUUGUAAAGUGCUUUGAACUGGUGGAGUGCCAAGUGUUAUUAUUUAUUAUACCAUAUGUUGGCAGCCACCCCCUUGCCCAGCACACUAAAGACUAUACGAGCAAACUUCAGAGCUAAAGUAUGCUAAUCUCUAUAGCUUGAGCUAAGGAGCCAGGCUCUAUUGCUGUAACAGACUCACAUCCUUUAUGGAUCAGACAGAUAAACCACUGGCCACAGGGGUACAAUGAGGAGCCACCCUAGGUGUUUUGCCCCCCCCCAAAAGCCAAGUGAUACGGCACCCCCUGGAAGUUGCCACCGAGCGCAGCUGCCCUCGUAGCGUGCCCCUAGAACUACCCCUAGUUACAAUAGGACUCAUGUGUCCUAUCAAAUUUAACCUGCCCCAUUCAUAUUUUGGACAUUGACUAUUCAGACAUCAAACUACAGACCAAGAAUUAUUCAUAGGUAUUAUAAAGAAAACAAUUGUAAUAACAAAUUCAAGAGAAUCAUGAACUGCUCAAGGUAAGGGUCAAUUCACAACUAGCAAAAGAAGCUAAAGCUUAUUUUUCUGGUUAAGUUAUUCUUAAUUAUGUUCUCAGCUCCGGUUUCAAUGUUAUCUACACAGAGAGUUUUACACAAUGUUUAGUCCAUCAGCUGUUGGGUUCAUUAAUACCGGAACACGUGCAGGUAGGUUAAACCAGUGAUACUCUGACAGAGACUUGGGAGCCACAAGUGGCUCUUUUCAGCACAUGAUAUUAAAACAUUGUGUGAUUUAAUUAUUAAUCAAUCAGGAUGCUUUUAUGUUAAUAGCCAAUUGUCGAAUACUUGGUCAGUCAUUUUGCUGUGAGAAUUAUACGUAUCUAAAUAGUAAAUGAAUCAAUGAAUUGACACUACUGUGGCUCUUGGGGGUAAUGCUGAUCAUUAAUUUGGCUCCUGAAAGAGUGAGGUCUAAGUAUCACUGAAUUAAACUGAAGCCCAAGGGGACAACUUUAAUGGAGUUAGAAUUUCCAUGUCUGCUGUGUUAUUGGAUAGAAGUGCCUAGGAACCAUUUAAGAGUAAAACAUUGUCACAGUUGAUGGUUUGCACAUGCUUUCUAAUUGAGUCUAAUUAAAAUCUGGAUUAGGCUGAAGAUGGAGGUGCUCUUGAGCUGCUGGGAUGUUUGCUGGUAAGACUGCUGCUUUUUCUCUCUAGCUUCUUUACAUCUUUGGUGUUAAAUAACAGCUAGCCCUAUUAAAGAAGUCCAAAUUGGUGCUUUGUGAUUGACAAAA